CGAUGGAUAUCCAACUCUUCAAGUGAACAUCACUGGAAGUCCAGAGUAAGGUGAGCCAUGGGUCCGGCGUGGGAACAUCGACGACGAUCGUAACUGAAGUGUUCGGCGGAGCCAGGGCACGAUGAGCGCAGGGUACAAAGACUGACACGUGAUCGACCUGGUGCUUGAAAGAAGUACUGAAGAAAAAGCAAGUACUCGUUCAACCACCCGUCAACACGUGCCAACAAAGCGAGGGCUCCCAGGGAGGUCACAUUCUUGCACACGGUUGUAACGCGCAAUAAGGUGGGCCAUGGGUCCGGCGUGGGAACAUCGACGACGAUCGUAACUGAAGUGUUCGGCGGAGCCAGGGCACGAUGAGCGCAGGGUACAAAGACUGACACGUGAUCUACCUGGUGCUUGAAAGAAGUACUGAAGAAAAAGCAGGUAUUCGAUCAAACACCCGUCAACACGUAUACCGUCACAGCGAGGGCUCCCAGGGAGGUCACCUUCUUGCACACGGUUGUAACGCGGAAUAAGAGACGAUGACAACCGUUAGGACAAAUAAAUCAGAGCUGGAGCUCCACAAACUCCUUGAACGAGCAGUCCUUCUCCCCUACUACGACAAAUUCAUCGAGAUAGGCGGGGACAAUGUGCAGCAGCUUCGUGACUCCAGCGGACACGAUUUCCAGGAGUUGAUCAACAUGGUAGAUAUGGCCAGAAAGCCACCUCACGUCAAGAGGUUCAAGAAAGCACUGGCAGAGUGGAAACCAGACACAGUUGCAGCAACGUCCACUCCAGCGGAUGGAGCAGAAGGGGAUCUUCACAACCUACUUCGAGGAGCAGAUCUUCUCUCCUACCACGACAAGUUCAUGGAGAUAGGCGGGGACAAUGUUCAGCAGCUUUGUGACGCCAUGGGGGACGAUUUCCAGGAAGUGAUUCACCUUGUUGAUAUGGCCAGAAAGCCAUUUCACGUCAAGAGACUCAAGAGAGCACUGGGCCAGUGGACAGGACAGUCAGUCGCGGUAGCGUCCAGUACGGCCGACGAAUCAGAAGGGGAAGUUCACGAACUACUUCGACGAGCGGAUCUUCUCUCCUACCAUGACAAGUUCAUCGAACUGGGCGCAGACAAUGUGCAGCGGCUUUGUGACUCAAGCGACGAAGAGUUCCAGACACUCGCCGAGCACGUAGGCAUGGCCAGAAAGCCCCUUCACGUGAAAAGAUUGAAGAACGCACUCAAACAGUGGUCAGGUCAUGCAGCCGUAAUGACGUCCAUUCCUUCAAACGAGUCGGAGCGUGAAGUUCACGAACUGCUUCAGCGAGCGGAUCUCCUCGCCUACUACGACAAGUUCAUCGAGAAAGGCGUAGACAAUGUCCAGCAGCUUUUUGACUCGACGGCAGAAGAGUUCCAGGAGUUCAUGGAUCUUGUUGGCAUGUCCGGAUUUCCUUUUCAACUGAUGAGGUUCCAGAAUGAACUGGAACAGUGGACAGGACACCCAGUCACAAUGACGUCCGUUCCGGCAACAAAACCGAGACUCUCGGAGAUUCACCACCUCCUUGAACCAGCGGGUCUCUUCUCUUACUGCGAGAAAUUUGAGGAAAUAGGCAUGGACAAUGUGCAGCAGCUUCGCGACUUGACUGACGAAAAGUUCCACGAGGUCAUCAACCGGGUAGACAUGGCCAGGAAGCCGUUUCAUGUAAAGAAACUCAAGAAGGUACUCGAAGAAUGGACGGGGCCCACAGGAAUAUCACGCUUCAUCUCCAAGGACAUGGCUUCGACACCUGAAUUUGAUCUUGACUUGGAAAGGUCGCCACAGUGGGAAGACGUCAGGAAGGAAAUGCACGAAGCCGUUGUGGCGAAAGACGAGGCUCGUGUUCUAAAGUGCCUGGAUGCUGCACCUGAUUUGAAACUGUGGUUGGAUCCUGUCACAAAAAGGUCAGCUCGUUACAAAGCAGUCGAAGAGAAAGCCAUCCGUAUACAUGGCCUUUUAGUCUCGCGUGGAUGUGGACUCAAGAACAAGAAAGAAUCAUCGUGUUACAAAGGUCUCACACCCCUUGAAAAAGCUGAAAUACGACGGCAACGACAUUACACCACAGAAUGCGAUGGCUCUUACAUCGACUAUUUGAAAAGCAAAUCAAGGCACGUCGGAUGUGAUGACUUCGAGGAGCGAUUGGAGAAGAUGUUCAGGGAACUUUCAACCGACCAAUUAAACGAGAAAAUAUUGAAAGUUGUUGCCACAGCACCGCAUCUGGAUAUACUAUUCGACUACAACAGUGAAAACGUUCAGGGGAUCACGGGUUGCAGCGGCAGGCGCGACCUCGGACUUGCUACCUGCGAAGAGCAAAGAAUUUUUAUCGGAGGUAGAGGAACGGAAGCCGAAGUCCGGGGCACGUUUAUUCACGAAUCUUGUCAUAUGGCACUUCAUCUGGUGUAUAAAAAUGAUGGCAAGCCAUAUUUACGCGAAGAUACAGAAGUGGAACUGCGAUACAGAGCCAUUCUGGAUGACAUAAAACGAAGAAAAAACGAUGUGGAUCUCUUGAUACGGCUAGCUUUGAACACAAGUGAAGAACAAGAAGCGAUUGUUCGUAUCCCACACAUACUAACUCAAUAUGGCAGCGAUCGUGGAAAUAGGGUUCUCGAAAAGGAGGUACCAGAACUCCGAAAGUUUUUCGAGGAUACUGUCAUCCCUGACAUGCAGAAGUACAUUCAAAAUGGAAUCCCAUCGUUAGAUGCGAGAAUGAUAGAAAAGGAAAACGCGAGACUCAACAAAGCUUUCAACAUUGACAAACUCAAUGUGAAAUUCGAGAACCAACUGAAGAGCAGUGCCUGGGAAAACGGGUUGCUUCACGUAGUUACGAGCCCAGAACUGAGGCUUCUCGAAAUAAUGGUUCACAACGCUGUGCGAUCUACGGGACUUCCGUACAUGUUUUUCGAUGCAAAACAACUGGACUCCGCACUGGAGGAUGUGUUACUAGACUACAAAUAUGCUUUUGCGCUUGUAACGGUCCAACAAAACGAAGGCGUCCGAAAGAUGAUUAAACUUCUCAGUGAAGUCUCUUCUGUCACUGGAUCAAAAGUAAUCUUGCUCGUGGAAGACAAUGGCAAAGACUACUUGAUGACAAAAGUGCAAGAAGAUGCAUUCUUUGGCGAGAGGCACAAAGUUCACAGGAUCGACGAAGCAAGCUUUGCGCAUGUCACGAAUAGCUGCAAAAAAUGGAUUUUCGAAAAUUCCCGCGUAAAACUUCAGGGCCAAUGCGUUUCUACGUUUUCGAACGCAACGACUAUGGAUACCUUCUUACGUUGCGUUGACACUGCGGUUUUUCUAAAGCUAUGUGAGUCGGGGAACAUUGACCUGGGACCUCCUCUUCAUGAACUAGAAGAACGUGUUCAGAACUAUUAUGUGGAACGAGAGUGUAGAAGAGCCGUGGAAACUAACAUGAAAGAAUGCAAUCUAAAAGACGACAGUGAGGCAUUCGCACUUCUGGGCUGUCCACACAAUCACCUCGCAACACUUCUACCUCCCGGUUGUAAGCCAAAAGCCCAGGAGGUAUUAACGAGGUUCGAGAAAUUCGUACUCAUACGACAGUCAGGUGACUACGAAGCUCUACUGGAAAAUGUUCAUUUCGAAAACAAAAUAGUGCACCUGCUAAAGUUCGACGAAUCUUGUACUAGGCUCUUGUGGACCACAUCAAAUGGUCGUCUCAGUCACCUUCCAAUGACGAGAAGUGAGAGUUACACCGAGGACGCGUUGUUGAACGUUGAUGAGAAGGUUGUCAUAGUCUCUGGUACACCAGGUAUGGGAAAGAGUAUGCUGGCAAAGCGCUUGUGCACAGAAGUAAAAAAUCGGGAUUUGAAGCGGUGGGUGAUGUACGUCGACCUUCCUCAGAGAAUGGCGUCUGUUAAAACAGCGUUGGCGAGUCAAGCGGAUAUGUGCAAGUAUCUAGCGGAUCUGUGUCAAGUACAAAAAAAUGGUAUAGAGUUCGCUUUGUUUGAGAAGAGUUUGAACGUCGGAAGCCCUUUUGAGAUUGUCUUCAUCUUGGAUGCCUUCGAUGAACUGAACAAGGAAUACCGCAAGUGCGUCUUGGAGCUUACAUCGUUUAUAUCUCAAAAGAAAUCUCACAAGAUAUAUAUGUUUACUCGUACUGUAUUUAAGACCCAUGCACAAGAUGCUCUGCACACGGUGUCAUAUGAACUCCUUCCUUUUUCAGCCGAAAAUCAGACGGAGUUUAUUAGAAAAUAUGAGGAAACAGCUCAUUCAACCAAUGAAAACGAUGGAGCUUCCGAGCUGUUCCAGCGACUGCACACGAACUUGAAGGAGACAAACGAGACAAUCCUAGAAACCCCUCUCCUGCUUCGUAUGAUUUUUGAAAUGAAGAAUGGGGAAAUUGUAGAGUCUGACGAUUACUGCUCGUUACUUAAACGUGCAAACAUUUCAGAGGAUAGAAACUUAUACGUUGCACAUGUCUACAGGCUGUUUGUGUGGUACAAGCACCUUGUAUACCAAAUUGAAAAAAAGAAAGAAAAUAUCCGACUACACGCCGUGCAAGAGGAGGAUAACGAAGCAGCGAAUAAUUUUUACACAAAACAUCUGCUCCUGGCUAUGAAAUGUAUAUUCCCUCAGGAAACCUUGAAAUACUUAUUGAACAAAGACGAAUUAGAGAAUUUAGUGCCUGAAGGACGUUUAAUGAAAGAUGCAGCUAAUAACAGUCUCAAGGAAGGUUUUCUGAAUGGUCUUAACAACGGAAUUCCAGAGUUCGUUCAUAAGACUUUCGCUGAGUUCUUUGCAGCUGAUUACCUACUGCAAAAGGCGAAAGAAAGACAAAAUUUCGACGUGAGGGAUGUCAUUGUCAAUCUGUACCGUGAAGAAGAAUACGGCGGUGUAAUGAUGUUGUUCGACGCACUGGCAUCGGACUCCUUUCCCCUUCACUCUGCUGUGAUGAACAAUGACGCUUCAUAUUUUGAGCGACGCGUUAUCCAAAAACAGGAUAUGUUGAAAGUCGAUAGGCUCGAAAGGACGCCACUGCACUUAGGAGCCCUGCAUUCUGAUCAAGCAACAUUAAAGAAGCUUCCGAUGGACGAUAAGCUAAUCAAGAAGGAUUUGUUUCAAAUGUCACCAUUUGGGUACGCAGAGCUGCGGUCUCCAUGGGACGCAAAAUACGCUGGAGAGUGGAUGGAAGGCUUGCGGACUGAGACUUCGGCUGUGGGAGACAGACUCGACGUGUUAUGCGCUCACUGCAGUGAGGAAGCAGUGAAACGUUCUACCGAAAAUCUACGCACGUGUGAAACCUUGGAGGAAAAGAGACAUUUUCUAGAGCGAGCAAUAUUCACGGCUGUGAGACACGACCUACGAGGCGUUUUAGACGUGUAUCUGACCUAUGUGUCCCGGAGAGAGAGUACAGUAGAUCUGCACAGAGACAUCAUGGACCAAUUAGAAUCACGGGAGAAACGAAGCUCGAGAUGUUCUGCAGAGUCUUCGGUAAUUGGAAACCUUGAUAGUUUUACAGACAGUAGCGAGAGAACUGUCCCUUUUUACGCAAAGUCCGAGACUGUUUGUAAAAUGCUCGUUCCUUACUGCGAUAUGGGAAUUCUUGAUCAGGAUGGAAACACAAUGUUGCACAUUAGCGCGGAAGAAGGAAAUCUGGAGACAACACAGUUUUACCUCGCACAUUCAUCCGUUAACAAUAGAAAUGGACACUUUCAAACUCCUUUGCACUUGAGUGAAGAUGCAGAUAUUGCGAGGCUACUUCGUUGUCGUUUUCCCUCAGUGAAUGUUCUCAAUUAUCGUAAUCAAACUCCGAUGGAUAUAUGUGCAGAGAGAAGUAAUCUGGAGGUCAUGAAGUUGUUACUCCUUCGCACUCGGACAUACGACGAACAUCACAUGAGACUGAACACAACGCUUCAUGAGGCUUCUGGCUCUCAUUCCCUUAAAGCUGUGACGUUUCUUCUACCUCACACAAAUGCGCACAUGCUUAACGACGAAGGAGAAACGUGCUUACACCUUGCUUGGACAACUUGGGACGAUCCUUCGAGUGUGGAGUUGAACUUUUUGAGUUGUCUCAUCCCACACUCGCUCGUGAACUCACCUGAAACGUCCGACUCAUCACCGUUGUACGUCUGGGCGAAACGUGGUGGAACGAAAGUGAUGCAAACUCUAUGGCCUUAUUUGCGACACAGUGACCCUAGGCAUGCACAGAGGAUCAGCGGAUGCUCCGUGUAUACGUGGUUGGACGGGGAUUUCCAAGGAGAAAUUUGGUGUCUGAAACUUCUCUUCCUUCACUUAGAUGUCAUCGCUGGUGAUCGUUACAGCCGUAAACUGCUACAUGAUGUGGCCAAGUGCAAGCUAGGCCCGGUACAAGCAAUACAUGGAGUAAAUUACAUUAAUUACAUGAAACUGUUACUGCCGCAUUUAACUCUCAGUGAGCAGGAUUAUGUAGAGUGGAGCGGAGGAAGUGACGAUAUUGUUACCUUAUAUCGGGGAUGGUCGCACAUGAAUAACACCGAUGAUCCCCACAUUGACGAUGUCGACACGGAAAUGAUCGACGACGAUGACAAUACGGAGUUGCUAAUAGAAGCAGAGGAAGGUAAUGUGGAAGCUGUCGAACUUCUUCUCUCCCCUUCAUCCGUGUGCUUUACAGAUGAAAAAGGGAACACUGCAUUGCACUUGAGCGCGGUGAAUGGACACACAAAUGUGGUGAAGUUUCUCAUUCCUUUUUAUACAUCAGUGGACGUGACCAAUGUGGAUCGAAUGACGCCCAUGCAUCUGUGCGCCUUAGUAGGAGACCUGGACGUUGUAACGUUAUUAUUACUCCGCUCUAGUAUGAGUUCCCGUGGCGAGUGUGGAAAGACACCUCUUCAUUUGGCCUGUGAAAGUGAUGCCGUUGAUGUCGUGAACUUCCUUCUUCCGCACUCAUUCCCUAAUAUGCCCGACGGGAGCGGGAGCUGUUCCAUGUGCUGCACUCUUUCCGCUGAAAUAAGCAACAUGGAUACUCUGAGAUGCCUCAUCCCUCACUCUCUUAUGAACUCUCUUAGUUGCGCAGACAGUUCACCAACGAGAACCUGUGUAAGACGUUAUAUUAGAGAAGAGCUGGUGACAUUACUGGCAUAUUCUUGUGAUUAUGAAGCUGCGACUUUAUUGACGCCUCCCAUGUUGUCACUUUAUGAGGACGAUGUCUGUAUGAGAAGCACGCCUUGUCUGAAACUUAUGGUUCUCCACUCAAAUGUCAAGGCAGUGGAUGCGUGUUUUCGUGAAACCCUCAACGACAUUCGAGAGUUUGAUCCAGAGAGUUAUAAAUUUCCAACUGUACAAGAGACUAGGAAAUCACUUCAAGUGAAUUGUAUUUCUCUCUUGCUUCCUCAUACAAAUGUUUCUGCUAAGGACGAUAAAGCAAAGGAACUAUUAGAAGUCCUCCAAAGCAGACAGGAUCCCGAAUUGGAUAGCUUCCUUCAGAAAUGGCUCGCAUGAGUGACAUUCAUUCAUUCGUGAUGAUGACAAUUGUUGGCACCGAGUUGUCAGAGACACGAGCUCUCAAGACGGUAUGGCUGUUUUAAGAGAAGUAUCAAUAGCAGUAUACUGAGUCCUUGCCUUCAUCCGAUAAAGCACAAACAUUUGCCAGACUCAAAAAAGAAACAAAAAAUCACUUUUGUGUUUGUCGUGGCUAACGCGUUCUUUCUGCUUGUUGUUCCUUUUGUUACAAAGUACGGUUCCGUACUAGGUUCAUAAGGUGAUCCGAAAAUGUGUAAAAAGAUGUAUUUAUUCAUAAUGUGCUAGUUAUAUGGUUAGCUACGUUAUACCUUUUAGGGUGGUAAUGGCUUGUCACCAAUGUUAGUCGAAAGAUGUGUGAAGUUUACCGCCCUUGGUGUCAAAUGCCGAAUGUAUAUGAAAUAAAGUGUUCUUCGCACA